UUAAUAUUGUUCAUUUUAUUUGUGUAAUUGUUGUCGUCGUCCUUAUCCAACCAUGUUCGUCUUUGGUCCCGGCUUCACUUUCCAUUUUGUGUUUUCUCUUUUUAGUUUUGCUUGUCAAUUUUUCUUUUCAACUGAAAUUUCAUUGUGCCGCGUGUGGAAGAUCGGUUUACAGUCGAAGAACUGGACAGAGUCGUGUGGGUAUCAACACAUUUUUGGCUGCCAUUACCUUGUCCUGCCCAGAAUCUUUUGCUGCUAUUUCUCUCAUUCGCUCUGCGUCUUUCCCUCUCGAUGAUCAGCCCUGUCAUAUUGUUGUACGUGGCAGCACCACAUUUUGACAUGACAUUCUCAACUUUAAUAUAUAUUGUUUUUAUAUUUUAUUUUAUCUGAUCGUGUGUCGUUUGCAGUCAGUUGGAAAAUUUUUAGUGCGCCGUGUGGAGCUCUCGUUGGUUCGUAAUUUUCAUUAAUGGAUCGUCUUUUUAUUUUUAUGGCAUAUGCCACAAGCACAAAUUCUAGACGACAGCCCAAGUUGAUGGCGACAAGCUAAUCAGGAUGAUGAAAUUUCAAUUUUUUUUUUCUCUCUUUCGAUUACGAUUUUUAUUUUCUGUUUGCCUAAUGUGUGUGUUUUAUUUGAAAUGUGAAAUUCGAGCUACUCUCUGGCAGCGAGUGGCCCUCGUGUUGAUGGUUUUUAAAGUAAUGGGACUGGCAUUGAUUGGACAUGUUUGCAGCUAAAGGUCUGACAGAGCACAAAGAAACAGAAUGCGGAUGGCACUGCUAGCGGCAGCAGUGGGAAAAGGAGCAGCAGCAGCAGCGCUUGCAGGAAAUUUGAAAAGCGCGACGGAUCAUGUAAAAAUGCAAAAAUGUGAAAUCAACUUUUAUGUGUGUGUGGCCCAAGGCAAUGAAUUUUAACGAGAGCAUUUAAAACAAUACGAAAAAGCGUUAAGACCUUUACAAAAACAGGCUGAGGAAAUUACAAGCGUAAACAGCAGCAGCAGCAACUGCCACAGAAACAGCAACAGCUUGUGAAAACGGGCUUAGCACGUGACGCGGCGCUAAGCGAAUAUCCAUUUUGUAACGGUAAUUGGUUGCACACACGUGAGCGCACAUCAAGUACUUGGCAAGUGGCAAAAAUGGCCGUUAGCAACAUUGUUUGCGAAUGGCUGCGCGCCCUUGGGCUGGCGCAGUACGCUGAAAGUUUUCUGGACAAUGGCUACGAUGACUUGGAGAUAUGCAAACAGGUCGGUGAUCCGGAUCUGGAUGCCAUUGGCGUUGAUAAUCCUGCACAUCGCCACAAGUUGCUAAAGAGCAUACGUUCGCUGCGCGAAAAGGGCGCUGCCUCAGUCUAUUUCAUGCUCAACGAUCCCAAUUCGCUAUCUGGCAGCAUGGAGAUCCUCUGCGAAACGCCGCCCAGCAAUGAACUGGAAAUGGUGCUAGCCGAACAGCUGGAGACGGAUGGAGUGCGUCUGACAGCGCAUCCAUAUUCAACACCGGAUGGACAACGCGGCCAUUUAGAGGGUCUUGCAUCCGUCUAUUGCGAAUUGUUAAUGGCUCCCUUUGGAGACAUUUUGAGUGCUUUAGAAAAUGCUAGACAAGCAGCAUGGGCGGAGCGCAGUCCGCUCCAUCCCGCCGGCGGCAGCAGCGGCGGCGCCAGCGGCAGCGGUGGCAGCGGCCUCAGCGGCAGCGCCGGCGGUAGCGGCAGCGCCAGCGGCGGCAUGCAACAUCGCCAGCAGCAUGGCCAUCGCGGCCAUUCAACGCACGGCGCCGGCCUGCCCAAUAGUCAUAGUCAGCCAAUUUAUGUGCCAGGAAAGUACUCGCCCUCUAGCUGCUUGUCCGACAAGGAGGAGGAUGAGAUCUAUGGCUUUGGCUAUGGCGUCUUUGCGCCGCGAGUGGCACGCGGCGGGUUGACACAACAUCAGCAGCUGUUGCAGCAGCAAACGUUGCAAACGCAGCAUAGCAUACAGCAGCAGCAGCAGCAACAGUUGCAACAACAGCAGCAACAACUACCAAAUGUGCCAGGCCAACAGGCGGGAGGACAGCCCGGAGUUGGAGCACAACAACAUCAGACACUCCCGCCAAAUGUAGCGCAUCUCAACUUUGUGCAACAAAACUGCCUGAGUCCCCGUUCCGCAUAUUUCUAUGAGUUUCCACCGACUGCAGAGGGACGCGAGACAAAGAAGCGCACAACGUUGGCCCGAUUGCUGAAAGGCUUAAAAACUGUCAAUCGAAGGGAUCGCAGCAAUCAACAAAAUGGCGCACAAGCCAGGGCGGCCAACGAUCGUCUGCGACACUUUCAAAUGAUAAACGGCGGCGCUGGCGUGCCGCAGCAGAGUUUCGAGGAGACAAUCCAUAGACUAAAAGUGCAAGAGGCCAUGCGCAAAAAGGAAAAAUUUCAACGUGAACACGAAGAGAUCUUGCGGGACAUUCGCCAGGGUCUACUGCAAAUGAGUCGUGGCGAGGGACGCACGGUCUAUCCCUUUGCAGAUGAUACGUACAUGUACGAUGAGGCACUGAGGAGUGGUCCGGGCGUUGCAGCAGUGGGUGGUGUGGCAGGUGGUGCACAUUAUGCGGUCAGUGCGCUGCACCAUCAAGGUCAUUGGUACGAUGAGCCGCCCUACGAGAGCGAUCCCGAUGAUUUUCUUAUGGCCGGACUCAAUUGUGGACCAGCUGCUACCAUACAGGGUGGCCGCGUGCGCUUCUCGAACAACCGCGAGAGCACGGGCGUAAUUUCAUUAAGAUCCGCCGGAGAUAUUUCACUACCGCAACGCGGACCGCCGCGAAGAGGGCUUAUCGUGCCGCAGCAGCCGCCAAAUCCGCCGACAAUAAUACCGUUAACGCAUGCCAGGUCUCAUGAUCGCGAGAGCGGCGACUAUGCGGGCUCCAUUUCGGAUUUACAAAGCGUUACCUCCAGGCUGAGCACAGUUUCGAUUGGCACCAACAAUUGCACCGCCAGAUACCGCACGCUUAGCGGCGGCAUUGGUGAGUCGCCGUCCCUGUCACCGAGUCCGUCAUCCGAUUACGAGGACAUUGGCGCCACAAGGCACGGACUGCCGCCGAGUUUUGCAGCGAAGGCCAAAAAGAAUGGACUGCCGCACAAGGCGAAUACGAUUUGUCAGAAGGCCAUGGUGCAUCAUUCGAGCGAAAUGCGUAGCUCGCCAAAGGAAAUUGGCGCAUUUAAUGAGAAUGGACGAAACUUUGUUGCCACAAAGGAUACAUCAAGGGAUUUCAGCAAUUCCCAAGAUAAUACCGACCGUGGCAGCAUGAGCGAUCAGGCGUUUGCAUGUUCCGCCAGCUCCGUUGAAAGUUUGCCCAGUGCUUCCGGUUCGAGCACUCAGGCUCUAGUGCGUCCUGGCAGCCCGCACAGCUCCAUUUCAGCCGAGGAUCGCACCUCCUUGGCGUCCAUUUGCAAGGCCAAGGCACUUGUCGACAGUCUGCCCAAUCCCUACGACAAGGAGGCGCUUAAAUUCAAGAAGGGUGAACUUAUCGAUGUGCUGUCGAUGAAUGCCUCGGGCAUUUGGAAGGGUCGCUGUCAUGGCCGUGUGGGUCACUUCAAGUUCAUCAAUGUGGAGGUGCUGCCCGAGCAGCGUAUGAAGAGCUCUAGCAGCAAAACCCUCGCGCCAGCCUCCGCUCGACUAGCCAGCAGCAACAGCGGCGGCAAUAGUGGACCCAGCUCUGUUGAGGAUCUGCUGAUUCGCAUCGGCCUCAAGGAGUACACCUCGGUGUUUGUGCUCAACGGCUACGAGGAUCUGGAACUGUUUAAGGAACUCGAGCCGGCAGAUUUGGAUUAUCUGGGCAUACUCAACCAGGAGCAUCGCGCCAAGCUACUGACGGCCGUGCAGCUGUUGCAUGACAUUGAAUGCUCCGACGUGGACAUCGCCGGCUCCAGCUCCGAGAACGACGAGGCGCGCCUGAACAAUAUUAACAAGAAGCACGGCGCUUCGCCCUUUGGGCGGCGACACUUUCCGCGCGAUUCCGGCUGCUAUGAGGGCUCGCCGUUACCGAGUUCACAGACGCCCACGCAGACGGUGAACUCUACGGACGAAUCGAACAGCUUGGACGAUGUGGUGUCCAAGUGUUCCAGCGAGAUUAUGAAGCGGGUGGAGAGCGCGCGUCGCUGUAAGGACAAUCCGUUCAAGGCGACGCUGCCGGCGCGCGUCGGCAAGAAGUCCUUUCUUGGCGGCGGCGGUCUUAUGGGCGACGACACGCUCACACGUGGCGGACUCAGUGAGAAGUCGAGCGAUUCGGGCGUCAGCAGCAGUUCGCUAUCGUCGGGUCCGCUGAAGAGCAGCACUUAACAUUUGCCAAC